UUCUAUAGACUCAUUCUUUCUCUACUUCUUUAAGUGCUUAAUUAGUGUCCUAAUAAACCAUAAUGGCUGGACUAAACUCAUCAAGGAAGCUACCACCUCCAUCAGUGGGAAAGUUACUCACUGUCCUCAGCAUUGAUGGAGGUGGCAUAAAAGGACUCAUUCCUGCUGUUGUUCUUCAAUUCCUAGAGGGAGAGCUUAAGAAACUUGAUGGAGAGCAGGCAAGAAUUGCAGACUAUUUUGAUGUGGUUGCAGGAACAAGCACUGGUGGCCUUAUUGCAGCAAUGUUGAGUGCUCCAGAUGCCAAUGCAAACAACCCUCGUCCAAAAUAUAAUACCGAUGAUAUAAAAAAUUUCUAUAUCGACGAUGGUCCCAAAAUUUUCCCUCCUAACGCUCCUACUCCUAAUUCUGGGCCCAUAUAUGAUGGAAAAUAUUUGCACAAAAUUUUGAAAGAAGAAUUAGGGUCAAUUAGAUUGGUUCAAGCGUUGACCAAUCUUGUGAUCCCAACUUUUGAUGUAUUACGACUUAGGCCUACUAUUUUUUCAAAGUAUAAGGCUCAAGAAGAUGAAUUUAAAUACUUGAAUGGGCUUCUGUCAGAUAUAAGCAUAUCAACUUCAGCUGCACCUGUUUAUCUCCCAGCACAUUGUUUUACCUCUGAAGAUGGUAACACAGAAUUCAAUAUGAUUGAUGGUGGUGCAGCUGCCGGUAAUCCGGUAUUGGUGGCUCUGAGUGAAUUAGGACAAGAGAAGAUGAAGCAUCCAGAGUUAUACCCAAUGAUGGACAGAGCAGAUGACUGCGCUCUGAGUGAAUUAGGACAAGAGAAGAUGAAGCAUCCAGAGUUAUACCCAAUGAUGGACAGAGCAGAUGACUGCUCCAAUAUUCUGCUGCUGUCUCUGGGUUGUGGAGUUCAACCGCCGGUUGCUGCGCCGGGAUGGACCGUUGACACAGUAAAUCAAUGGAAUCUAAUAGGAUGGAUGGCUGAAAUUGAUUAUUCAACGGUACAAUAAAAAGAUCCCCUGAAUUGGAAAUUAUUGGUGCUGCAACAUCAGACAUAGUGGAUUA